CCGGCAGGUCGGAACUUUUACUUGUUUUACUCUCUAUUUUUCUUUUUCUUUUUUCCCUUUUAGACCUAAAAUGCAUAUAAGAUCCUGAUGCCCUUUCCCCCUCGUUUUACGAAAUAGCCACCACAUCCACGGCGGCGCCACCUCUCUCCUACCACCAAAACUAUCAUGACCCUUCUUCACCUCCUCUCCAAAACCUCCUUAAUACCCUUCAGACCCCAUCAAAUUUUCUCCCCCAUCUCCCGCUUUUCCACCUCCUUCCUCAUCACCAAAACUCCCAAGAAAUUCAAGAAAAAGCGCAAGAAAAAGGACAGCCCACGAACUACACUCGUUCAAACCCAACCAAGCAUCAUUCCCCACUUCGAAAACAUCCUCCUCAGAGAUUCGCACUUCAGAUUCCUCACUAAGACCAAAGAAUUUCUCUCCAAACAACCCCACGAAGUCCUCCGCCUCGAUGACGCCGGAAAACUCCACCAGCGGCUUGGCUUCCCCCGCGGCCGGAAAGUGCUCAAGUCCAUCCUCCGGCAUCCUCUCAUUUUCCAAACCUAUCGCCAUUCCGACGACAAAAUCUGGGUCGGGUUUAGUGAUUUCAUGGAUAGUUUGCUGCGUACCGAACGGGAUAUGGAAAAUGAAUUGGAGAGCAAAAGGGUUGAUGUUGUUAGGAAAUUGUUAAUGAUGUCCGCAAAUAAGAGGAUACCCUUGAGUAAAAUUUAUCACAACAGGCUCUUGUUUGGCAUACCGGAGGAUUUUAGGGAUAGAAUCGCAAAGUAUCCAGAUUAUUUUAGGGUAGUGAUUGAGGAUGAUGGGAACCGAGUGCUUGAGCUAGUUAAUUGGGACAGUUCUUUGGCGGUGAGUGCUUUGGAGAAGGAAUUUAUGGUUGAUGAGGAUAAGGUGAAAAGAGCAUUCAAAUUUCCUAUGAAACACGGCAAAGCAUUGGAGUUGGAUAUGGAGGAUGAGAGAAAGUUGAACAUUUUGAACACAUUGCCGAUGGUGUCGCCUUAUUCAGAUGGGAGUAAGUUGGAUUUGUGGACGUUGGAGGCGGAGAAGUAUAGGUUGGGAAUCAUUCAUGAGUUCUUGAGCUUGACAUUGGAGAAAAGGGCGUAUAUACAUAACAUAGUGGAGUUCAAGGAGGAAUUUAGUCUGACGAAACAUACUUAUCAGAUGCUUCUAAAGCAGCCUCGGACAUUUUAUGUGGCUGGUACUCAGAUGAACUGGUGUGUGUUUCUAAAGGAUGCUUAUGGUGAAGAUGGAGAGCUCAUCAAUAAAGAUCCGCAUGUAAUGUUUAACGAAAAACUUUACAAAUAUGCGGACAUGCAAGAACUGGAAUCUGAUUGCACGGUUGGAUAAAAAUGAGAAUGAGGAUUUAGAUAAAAUAGACUUUGAAUUGGUAGCUGGAGCAGAUCAGGCAAGAACGAGACGGAAAUUAUUUGGAAAAGAUUGCUGGGACUGACAAGUUUGUGAAAGUAAUAGAUUUUCUUCGGUGUCGGCUUCACAGGGAGACAUUGAACAUUGGCUUUGAUGGCAAAUUAGUUGUCAAUUAUGCAUGCUCCACGGCAUGGGAUUGACUGCUAUAGUGCUACCAAGGAGUUGGUUCUGCACAUUCAUAAUGGUGUACAUAAGAAAUCAAAGACUAUUAACACAUAUUCAACCAUCACUAAAUUCAAGAAACUUGGAGACCCACUCCUGAGUUGAAGGAUUCUCAUUGGAGAAAUCAAAGAAAUCAUCAACAUCUAACCUUGUUUCUGGUUCCUCCUCACUCCUGCUUCUCCCAGGAGCUUAUGGAGCCGAAUGAUCAAGUCCUCUUCUUGGUCAGAUAUAUUGCCCCUCUUGAUGUUUGGCCUCAGGUAAUUCAUCCAUCUUAGCCUACAACUCUUGGCGCAACGGUUGAGCCCUAUUUUAUUU